AUAUUCAUUCGAAAUCCUUACAUAAACCACCACAUUCAUUUCUCAUAACACAUCAUUCUUUCAUUCUUUCUUUCUUUCUUUCUCAUUCUCAUCUUUUUUCCUCAUCCUCUCAUGGCGGCUAUCGAAGAGCUACCUUCUUCCAUUCCUCACCCUUCUUCCAAGGAGAAAGUGUUGAAUGAUAUGAUGGAAAAGGGUUUAGGAAGAUUUGGUUGGUUAGAAUUUCUGCAGUGCAUUCUUGUUUCAUUUGCAUCCUUCGUUGAUGCACAGCAUUCAUUCAUAACGAUUUACACCGAAGAUUACCCGUCAUGGCAUUGCACAAAUUCAACAUUAUGCAACUCGGAUUCUAAUAUAUGCAAUAUCCCUAAAUCUGCAUGGUCAUGGGAUGGACCAUCACACAAAACAGUGAUAUCUCAAUGGAAUCUUGAGUGUGCCAGUAGCUUUGUUACUGGUUUACCGCAAUCUUCGUUCUUCAUUGGUUGCCUUUUCGGUUUGUUUCUUCUCGCGACUUUGGCGGAUACUUCACUUGGAAGAAAGAACACACUUGUUAUCUCUUGUUUAUCGAUGUCUAUAGUUUCGUUUCUCAUAGUUUUCUCUACGGAUAUUUGGAUUUACUCUGCUUUUAAAUUCUUGAUUGGCUUUUUGCGUUCGUCGAUCGGAACAUGUGUUUUAGUUAUGCUUGCUGAGAAAGUUAGUACUGAAUGGAGGUUCACCGUUGGUAUUGUCGAAUACACCUGCUUCAUAUUAGGGUAUAUGUCACUGUCUGGUAUAGCUUAUGCCAAUAGGUUUAAUUCGUGGAGAUCGGUUUACAUCUGGACGUCGGUUCCUGCUAUUUGUUACUCGGUUCUUGCUUAUAUCUUUGUUACUGAGUCUCCGAGGUGGCUUCUAAUGCAAGGAAGACAUCAAGAGGCUAUGGCAAUGCUUACAGGAGUUUCUUCAUUAGAGAAUGGUAAUGAUUUGACAGUAGGUUUGAUAGAAGCUCCUGUGAAUCGACAAAAGGCUUCCGUUUUCCAACUCUACUCAUCGAUAGCCGAGUUGUUUGGGAGAGGCUGGGCUUUAAAGAGAAUGGUCGCGGUAAUGGUGCUUGGUAUUGGAAUUGGAAUGGUGUAUUUUGGUUUGCCGUUAGCAGUUGGGAAUUUAGGAUUCGAUAUUUACUUGGCCGUUGUGCUCAGUGCCUUGAUCGAAAUACCGGCUUGCGUGGCUACCUAUUUCUUGGAGAACCGCCAAAGAAAACCAUCGAUUCUUGUAUUUUCAGUAGCCAGUGGCGUGUGCUGUAUAAUGUGUGUUGUUGUUGGAUCAGGAAUACAAGAAAUUAGAGUCGGAUUAGCAAUGGCAUCGUUUUUCUGUUCUUGCACAGCUUUUAAUGUGUUUCUGAUUUACAUUCUUGAGCUAUUUCCUACAAGUGUGAGGAACACUACAACAUCAUUGGUGCGACAAGCUAUGGUUUUUGGUAACAUUUUCAUCCCCUUUUUGGUAUCUGCUGGGAGGAAAAAUGACAUUUUCUCUUACGGCGUGUUUGGAGUAGUUGUCAUGUUGUCUUGUUUUACGUUGCUCGGUUUGCCAGAGACAAGAGGAUUGGCUCUUUGUGAUACCAUGGAUCAACAAGAGAAGAAAGACGAUAUGUCGGUAUAAAAUUGGUUAAAGAGUAGUUGUCAUGUUCUGAUCAAUUUGAAGGAAUUUUGAAGGCAGUUAGUUAAAGAUGAUUCUGUUAUUUCCUCCCUCAUGUUCCCCAAUAUUGAUUCUGACCACUGAUAACUGUUUUGAUCAAAUGAAGAAUGCAUAAAGUUGAUCAAAUUGAUCAAAUGAAGAAUGCAUAAAAUUAAUCAAAGUUUCUAGUAGAGUUUAGUGUUUAUGGUAUGUUUCUGUUUUAGUCCCUCAAGGUCUCUAUGAUGAUGAGUUGGCAGAAUUACGAUCAUGAUUUUUUUCUUUUCAAAAGUUAACAUAUACUCUAUCCGUGCCUAAUUUACUU